AUGGGUAAUUCGUCCUGUUGUCUCCGGAACAGCUCAUCGAGCAGCGAAGACAAGCCUCACGUGCACGACGGCCAGUACAUCCGCACUAACCAACUCGAGGUUUUACUUCACUUUCUCGUUCGAUUAUCCUAACAUCCUAGUUCCAAUAUGUGAAUCAGUCGUUCCCGCGCGAUGAGACUUCCACCAACUUUUUGCCGCAUAUCAGCGAGCGGGAUGUUCCAGAAGGUUUUAAAAAUAAUGAAAUAUUGUUAUAUAAUUGAAAAUUGAGGCUACGAAGAAGAUCCAUCAACUCACCCCACAGCACGGCCAACUUUCAUGGAGAGGAGUCGGAGCGAAAUGAAACGUUUCCUUGGAAAAUUUAUUAUAAAUUUAAUUUUUUAACUUUCAGUCAAGGACAAUCGAAGAUCUUGCUAUGCACUGGAUGCACUAGCGAAUCAUGGCGGGCCUCAUUCGCUUCUUCUCAAGAGUUUGAGGAAAUCCAGCAGUUGUAGUACCAUUUUUAUCGGUUAGUUUAUGAGAAACGGUUAUUUUUCUUUAUUUUUAUUGGAGAAAUAAUUUAAAAAAAUUUCUUGUCUUUCUAAUAACUUUUGCUUGUUUUUAUUUUCGAGAAGAUUGAAAGCUUCUUUCCUUAUUUUGCUUUCAUGAUUUCCAUUUUUUUUUCUGACGGAAAUCCUAUCUUUUGAAUCAUUUCUCUUGCUAAAAUUCCGCGCUCAUCUAUAUUUUCAGUACCAACGGGAUUAUUUCCUUCAAUUUUAAGUAAAAUACGGGAAAUGUAGCAUUUCUUAUAAUUUUUUUGCUUCCCGUAGCUUCAAAAAUCAAAUUUAGAGUUCUCAUUAUCUUUUUCAGAGAUCUUGUGAUUUUUUUACUGAAAUGUGUUUGAAAAUCAUUUUCCCGUUUCAAAGUCCUAGUUUAAAUUUGUAAUAUUUUUAUUUUUUUAUUUAUAAGUUGGGAUCGUAAAAUCUCUUUUUAAAAUUACGCAUAAACGUCCUUAACGCAUAGUUCAUUCAUUCACGACAGGCUUAAGACAAUAUUUGAUGAUGGUCUUGACACGGGUAGCGAAAUAGUGUGCUGAAAGGAGAGUUUUAGACGUUUAAGUAGUUUUUUUUUGGUCCAAGGAAAAUUUUUAAUAGUUUUUCAACCUUCUUUUUUUCAAUUUCCAUGCUUUCAUAGCUAAUUUUUGUCAUCAAAGGGAAUUACAGAUAUAAAAAAAUAGCUGUCAGAGUAAAGUGAAAUUUUCUCUGACUUUCCAAAAAUCAGUUAUCUUUUUCAGUUUUUUUUCGAAAUUACUUUGAACACGCCAUGCUUAGCUACGUUGUAAAUUAGUUUCCUAGUUUCUGAAAAAUUUUUGAUAGGAAUUUCUGACUUUUCCAUGAAAGGUUAUUCCCCUUAUUAGAAGGAAAAACAAAGAUUUUCUAAUUUUGUCCGAUUUUUGGAAUCUAAUCCCCAAACGUUCCAUUUUCAGAUGACUCAACAAUAACCCAGCCGAACUUGAAAAACGCCAUGAAAUGUAUCUCCCUGGCCAUUUAUUAUCACAUAGCCAACCGAAAAAAUCGUGGUCACGAGAGGCUAAUGGAGAUUUUCGAAGAGAGGCUACACCCAAUAACGGUGAGAAUUUUGGAAAAAUCCAAAAUCACAAGAAUGAUUUUAAAGAGAAAAGCUAUGGCCCCAGAGUUGGUGACCCAAGAUCCGGAUCAUCGGCAAAUUUAUCGAUUCGUUCGGAAUUUGUUCCAAUCGGCGAGGCUCACCGCUGAAUGUGCUAUCAUUACAUUGGUGGGUUAUUGAUUCACCUGGCUAAAAAAAUGAAAAAAAUCUAAAAAAAUUAUAAAGAUUUGAAAGAAAAAAAGGCUAGAAAAAAAGCUGAGAAAUGAAGGCUUUUUCGCAGAGGUGGAAGAAAUGAGGGGCCCUCCAGGGCGCAACAUGCCCGCCUCAGCCAUCAGGCCUCUGAGAAGAAAUGAGCCGCGUCAUUAUGUUUCGAUGGCGUAUAAUACCACGUUGCAAAAGUAGGGCGAAAAUAGUCAUUUUUGUUCAUUUUUCAUCAAAUCGUGGAUUUCGCAAUUUUUUCAAUAAUUUUUUUAAUUUUUCAGUGGAUAUGAUGUCCAGUGAAUUUUUUUAUGUAAGGUACGGUUAUAUUUGUUCUUUUCUUUAGGCGAAAUGUUCCAGAUUUAUGGUCCCGAACCCGCUGACUAGUGAGAGAAUAAACUUCCGUCGCCACCCAAUUGGAAAUUCAAAAAACCUUGUUUAAAAGCUUCGAAAACAACGAUUUUACAAGGUUUUAAAAGAUUCCAAUUUUUGCGCGUUCUUUUUCUUCCAAUGGCGUUUUUUUGCCAUCGCGGUUUUGGCCCCGGGCGCCCUGGGCAGCGACUUAUCAAGAAAUGGCCAUGGCGGCCUACAUCGGUUUAGAAAUGUAAACGUUUGAAAACGCUUAGGGGCGCCAUUUCUCCACCUCUGGCUUUUCGUAUGUUAAUGAUCAGAAAUUUUGUUUUUCACUAGCUGAUAGUUUUUUUUUCUGAAUGUACUAUCGUUACAUUAGUGUGCUGUUAAUUUAUCUGGUCAAAAACUGGGAGAAUCUGAAGUUUCUAAAGCGAAAAAGAAAAUAGGAAAAUCUGAAGAUUUAAGGCUUUUGGUAAGUAAUGUUCAGAAGUUUUUUUUUCUCAAACUGGUUUUUUUUCUUAUUAUUAUUUUUUCUAAAUGUACUAUCAUUACAUGGGUGGGCUGUUGAUUUAUCUGGCGAAAACUAGGAAAAUCUGAAGUUUUUUAAGCGGAAAAGAAAAUAAAAAAAGCUGAAGAUUGAAGGCUUUUCGUACGAAAAUGUGGAAAAAAAAACGAUUUUUUCGCCUGUAAAAAUUCUCAAAAUCACGAUUUUCAUAAUUUGUAAAUCUCAAUAUCCAGUUUUGAAUUUGGAUAAGCUUGGGUUUAAAUUUUUUUGUAGUUGGCCGAAAAAUUUCUGUCUCAAGUUUUUUUUUAAAUUUAAUAAAGUUUGUUGCAUCCUAAAAAUGGCCCUCGGUAACUUUACGAAAAAAAGAAGUUUAAAAAAGAUUUAAAUGGUCCGUUUUAGUGGGGGAACCUACACAAAAAUCUUCGAAAAAAACUCAAUUAGUUCUAAAAAAAGCUUUGUACUCAUGUAUAAUUGUAGAAAUAUCGAUUAAAAAUCCUAAUUUUUUUCAGACAUCAUCUCUUAUCUUUCGAUUUUUUUCAAUGACAGUUUUUUUCCUUGUGAAAAAAAUGAAUCUAUAAUAUCAUUAAAAUAUGAGAGUUUUAUCAAAAAAUUGUUCAUUUCUAUGUAGAUUCCAUCCAAAAAUAGUUUCUGGAAGCACUUUUUGAAUGAAACGUAAGUUUUCAGGUAUACAUUGAGCGGCUUUUGAACUACGCCGAAAUGGAUUUGUGUCCUUCGAAUUGGCGUCGUGUCGUCCUCGGCUCGAUAAUGCUCUCCUCGAAAGUUUGGGACGAUCAGGCCGUCUGGAACGUCGAUUACUGCCAAAUCCUUCAAGAUACCAAUGUUGAUGACAUGUUAGUUCAAUUUUUUUAUUGUAUAAAUCACACUAAGGAACGGUAGAGCGGUCCCUAGAGGGGUUAGGGGAAACUUAAAGUCCCUUUAAGCAACAAAAUAGAGCUCCCUAUAGGGGUAAAGUCUAGUUGGUCCCUAUAGGAGUGUAGAUUCUGACCCCUAAGUUCCUGGAGCUUCAUAAUUCGUCACUUAAGAACGGCAGAGUGGUCCCUAGGGGAGUUAGGGUAAAACAGUCGCUAUGGAAUACAAAAAAAGUGUCACCUAGAGGGGUAAGUUCGAGAGGUCCCUAUAGGAGUUUGACUCAUAAACCCUCAAAGCCUAAGCGGUCCUUGUAGGGCCUAUUAUUUUUUUUUGUUCAUGUUUGAAGGGGAAAAUUACUAUUUUUUGAACUUAUAAAUUAGCCCUCUGUCGAUUUUUUUUUCAUUGGAAAAACGUUAACUUUUUGAGUUAUACGCAUCGAAUUGCGUGUUCUCAUAAAGCUCAUAAAGAUGAAAGAUUAGCCUUUUCUCCGUAGGGACCGCUAGCCGAAACCCCUGAAGUGGUUACUUUGCAAGCUUUGGGAGACCACUCUGGGGUUUUUAAGAAACUGGAGAAACACACAGGAAAAUAGGAAGAAAAUAAUAGCUUUCUGUACUACAGUAAAAUCUGGGAAAUAUGGAUUUUUCCGGAAAAAAAACCUUUUCUUCGAGCCUAAAGUUCAUAUUUUCAGGAACGAGCUUGAAAGACGCUUCCUGGAAUGCUUGGAUUUCAAUAUUGAGGUUAAUUUUUUCUUUAAAUCCCUGUAAUUUCCUGUUUUUUCCAGGUGCCUUCAUCAGUGUACGCGAAAUAUUAUUUCGACCUUCGAACUCUGGCCAUCGCAAAUGAUCUUCAACUCCCCAUGAGGCCAUUGUACAAUGAACGGGCCAAGAAACUUGAGGUUAUACAUUUUUUGAGCUUCUUUUUCUAAACAAUUUUGAAGAGUUUUUUUUUAACUUGUUAGAAGUUUGACAAGUUUCUGAGAAGUUGAUAAUAAAAAUGAAGAAAAAUUGGGUUCUACGAAAUAGGUACUCGGGCAAAACUGAAAAGCUCCCCAAAAGCUUUUCUCAAAAAAAGAUCUUGAAAGGGUCCCCAACAGAUCUUUUUUACAUCAUUUCAGAAAAAGGAUCCUCUGAGGCUAUGAAAAAGGUGCUCAAAAGCUUUUUUACAUCAUUUUAGGAGCUUUUAGAGGAAGCUUUUUAUCUCCCUCUCAGGAUCUUUUAAGGAUCCUCAGAGGAACUUUUCAGUGUUACCUAUGUACCUAUUAUAUAAAUCGAGUUUCAUUUGGAAAUUGAAAAAAUCUUUCCUUUUCCUGAAUUUUUUGAAAGCGGAUAUGAUGAUUUAGAAGGGCUUUAUCUAAAUAAAAUAGAAUUUUUUUUGCGGCAUGGAGAUUAUUGACUCAAGUUUUUACAGUUCAAGUGGAAGGCUCCCUUCUAGGGACCACUUCACCUCCCCCUAUAAGGCCCACUAAAGCUUGCAAAAUUAGCCCCUAUAGGGGACAUGCUAGUCGAUCAUGAAGAAGCAUUUCAAUGCAGAAAAUUCGAUAAAAAAGCGUUAUUUAAAUAAAAACAUCGAAAGAGUUUGAUCGACUUUGUCUCAAUAGUUUUCAAAUCUGAAUAAAAAAUUGAAAAUUCUCCCAAUGAUAGAUUUUCAAGGGCGCAGGUCGGGGCUGAAAAAUGAGUUCAUCCAUUUUGAAACAGCCUUUUCGGCGCGAUUCUGUGAGAAUUUUUGAGCCGUUCCCAGUGCGGCCAUGAACUUUGAGCCCACUGCCAAACACUGCCAAAGUCGGAAGUGCGAAAAACGGGUGCAAAAAGGGAGUGACUGCAAAAUGGCCGCUAAAAGGGUCCCCUUUUACGGCCUUUUUUGAGCCUUUCAUUCUUGGUGGGCUAAAAAAGCUCAUAAAAAGGCGAAAAAAGGGAGAGGCCGCAAUAAGGGUGAAGAAAGAGUGAGGAUGCAAAAAGGUUCUAAAAGUCUCUGUUAUUGAUGAUUUUCGAUUUUAUUACUGUAGCUUAUUUUGGUUCAUACACAGUCACUUGUAAAGAUUACUCAUAAUUUUAAAAAAAAUUGUAUUUCUCAAAAGGGUCCAAAAAGGGUGGAUGAAGGCCGAUGAAAGGACGCAAAAAGGCAGUAAAAAGGAAAUCUCGGCCACCCGUUAAGGAACAAUUAAUGGAAACAGACGGAUCCGUAACGGACGCUCAAAGGGCCCGUGAAGGGUCUUUCCGACUUUGCCUAUGAAGUCAAAAGUCUCGGCCAUUGAUUAUUUCCCAUUUUUAUACUGUAGUAUAUUUUGGUCCAUACACAGUCACUAGUAAAGAUUAUUAUAAAUUUAAAAAAAUUUUUUGUGUUUAUCAAAGAGUCCAAAAAAGGUGGAUAAAGGGCGGAAAAAGGCAGUGAAAAGGAGACCGUAAAAAAAGGAAAAAUUAAUGGGGAUCUUUUGAUCCAUAACGGACGUUUAAAGGGCCCCUUAAGGGUCCUCCCAACUUUGCCUAUGCCUAGAAAAUAAGAAUUGGACUUUUUCAGGCUUUGAGCCGAGUUUACGAGGACAAGGUUCAAACAGGCGUCCGGAAAAGCUAUUCAACAGAACGAUUGUUGAAUGGAAAGAAGGCUCCAACUGUCCUUUCUUAA